AUGUCGGUAUAUUUGGGCGAGAAAGCGGAGAAAAACGCCCAUGCAACGCAAGAACUACCUUUCAAAGGCGAAGAAGAUGAUGACCAUGUCAGUUGGAAACCUGGGAGACAGGAAUUGAUGAUUUUGGGUUGCCUGGCAAUCGUGUCGUUGGUUGUAGCUCUUGACGGGACGGUCCUUGUUCCAGUUCUCCCAACAAUUGCUUCGGAACUGCACGGGGAUACAAAUGAAACGUAUUGGGUUGGAACAGCAUACCUCCUAUCAUCCGCCGUGUUUCAACCUCUUUUUGUGGCACUUUCGAAUGUCCUAGGCCGGCAGAUCGUGUUGUUUACCUCCAUUGUGCUAUUUACCAUUGGUACCCUGAUAUGCUGCCUCGCCGAAGACAUGGCUGUGCUUCUCGCCGGUCGAACUAUCCAGGGAGUUGGAGGGGGUGGUAUCCUUUGUCAAACGUUUGUCAUCACGACGGAUAUCAUUCCUCUUCGACAGCGCCCGGCAUACUCCUCUAUCAUUCAAGUAGCCUUCGUGGUCGGGACGGUCACCGGUCCGCUCAUUGGAGGGCUACUUGUUGACCACAGCACCUGGCGCUGGGUUUUCUAUCUCAAUUUCCCUUUUAUGGCUGUGGGCCUCGUGGUGGUCCCGUGGGUUGUGAGAUUGCAAAGGCCUCGGAAUGGAAGCGUUGCGAAGCAGCUCAAAUCUAUCGAUUGGGUAGGCACUCUUCUGUUUAUGGGAAGUGUGUCGAGCUUUCUGAUGGGCAUUACUUGGGGCGGGGGCCAGUUCGCAUGGUCCAGUUGGCGCACUCUGUUUCCAAUUUGUCUUGGCUUGGUAGGAGUGCUGGCUGCUAUUCUUUGGCUGAGGAAAGUGCCCAAGAAUCCAUUUCUUUGUCUCGCACUGUUCCGAAAUACUUCCUCGCGGGCAAUGUACAUUUGCGCUAUUCUUCAGGGAUUGCUGAUGUUCUGCGAGCUCUACUCUCUUCCACUAUAUCUUGAGGGCCCCAAGGACAUGUCCCUCACUUUGACUGGUGUUUCUUUGAUGACCAUAACCGGAUCUCUGAUGCCGGUCAGUCUUGUGGUUGGCAUCGUUAUAACGAAGUCAGGUCAUAUUAGGUGGGCCUUGUGGGCCGGCUGGGUUCUGAUUACUACCUCAACCGGCCUAUUGGUAUUACUCGACAUUAAUAUCAAAACUUACGCCUGGGUGCUCAUAUUCCUCUCGGUGGGCAUGGGCCACGGAUGUGUUAUUGUGUCCAGUAGUAUGUGUGUUCAAGCACUGGCAGACGCAAAAGACUCAGCGCAAGCGGCAGCAAUGUACACCUUCCUGCGAUCCUUUGGUAUGUGUCUCGGAGUUGCUGUUAGCAGUACCGUGAUGCAAAAUCGACUCCGCCAUCAUUUGCAAAUUCGCCAGCUACCCUUGGACAUAGCAGAUAAUGUUGAAGGGUUCGUUGCAAGCCUCAGAAACAGCAAGUCAUCCUACACACCAGCAUUUAUUCACUCGGCCAAUACAGCCUAUGUGCAGAGUCUCCAAAAUUUGUUCGAGGUUUUGGUUGCCCUUGCUGGGGUUGGUUUGCUAGCUACACUCUUUCUCAAGUCGGUCAACAUGAAUAAGAAGUUGGAAACCCAACAUGGACUUCAGAAAAAGACUAAUAUGGACACUGAGGAGUUGAUCCCAUAA